AUGUGGUUUUUUUUUUCAGCUUGGAAUGUUUUUCCAUCGUUACAAAAUUUACAAUGUGAUGCAGAGCAGGUUGGCAAAAAAACCAACCUACCAUCUGAUCUGAGAGCGAUCGCUGCCAACAAAGGAUUCCUUGUUUCUGAAAACCAAGCAUCCGGCAACUGUUUAUUCCAUGCAUUAUCAGAACAACUACAAAGUGUCAAAGGAAUUCAAAUCUCACACGAAGAGCUAAGACAAACCUUGGUUCAGUUCCUCGAUGAGAACCCUAAUCUGGUAGGUUGAUGACUAGCCUAACUAAGACAAAAAUAAUAUUAUUGGCACAGGCCUUCCAUGUCUGUUUGGUGGAUUCCUCCCGUAUGAUAAGGAACUAAAUGUAUCAUGCUAUCCAUUCAAGAACUAGUGAGUCAGCUCCAGCUUUAUCUUUCACUUAAACUCUUAUAUCACCCAGCUUGUCUUAUUCUUAAUUACUUCAAUGUUCCUUAAAUUGUAUCAUGCCAAGAGAUAUUGUAUCAUGCCAAGAGAAGAGCCCCUGGGCACUACUCUUACCGAAUCAGUUCCAGAAGCAUUUGAAUUGCCUGCUUCUGAUUGGCCAGAAAAAAAAUUUCUGGCCAAUCAGCAAAGUGAAGGAGCCGUGUGACUCUGAUGUUUUCUUACAUGAUGUAGGUUUCCUCAUCGAUCACCAUUGUUGCAUAGCGCGUUUAACUGGGAAAGUUUCUUGAGGGAAGUUUCAGAAAAAAAUGUUAACGUGAUUGCAAAGCUCUUUGCAUUUGUGUGUGUUCUAAGCUUGUGUGUGUGUGUAUAUCCAUUGAAUCAAGACGUCUCUCAAGCUAUCAUUGGCGCUUUGUUUUCAGUGCCUUCUUCAAAAGAUGGUAGAAUGGGUCGCUUUCGAGGUUUCUCUUCCCUUCAUGUUGAAGUUUAAAUGGUUUAAAAUGUGACAGCCAAUGUCUCUCUCAAAACUGGCAGUUAUAAUCAUUUAACACUGUUGUCAUGCAAUAUCUGAACAAAAUGAUCGAACUACGAGGUAUACAUGUUCACUAUGACAGUUUGAAAGGCUUCAGACAGAAACAAAACUUAGAUUUUAAUUUGCCUUGUUAGUUUAAGAACCAGAAUUGAGAAAUGUACUGUUUGUUAACAGUAGAAUGACAAUAAUUUUUGGAAUUUCUGGUUAGGUCAAAAUAGUCAUACUGUCACACGCCAUAAUUUUGGGGGACAGAGGGAUUGAGGGAGGGGUUUAUGAAAAUUAUGCUAAUCGUUUCCUGUUUGGAAUGGCUAACUUGGUUAUUUUUAUAAAAUUUGAUAAUGGUAGAAUUUAAAAGUUACUAUACAGCCCCGACUUAAAAAAUGGUACUCCUGCAUUUUUCUUGUUACGAAAAUCUUCCAAAAGGACACAAUGUUCAAAUGAGUUUAUGUUUCACUCUCACAUGAGGUUCUAUGUCAUGCAGUGGUCGGUGACAAGGUUUUAUGGUAGCCUGAGUGGGUGCCGUCACCCUCUCCCCUCAGAAAAGAUCACCUCUUGGCACCCCAGUUAAAAUAGCCUUUUCACAAUAUUCUUAUUUUAUUUAAAAUUUGCUUCCCUGCUAACGCUUGUACCCCCAGUAAGUGAUCGGUAUUAAAGGCCAUCCUAGCCAUCCACUCACUUUUAAAUAAACUUUAAAUAAACUUUCUAGCAGAUUAAAAUCACUCCACUUUUAUCCCGCUUAGUCCGAAAAAAUUAAAAUUCACUUGUUUGAUUGUUUUGUUUUUUAGCACGAAGGAACACCUCUGCUUAACUUUGUCUCUGGAUACCCAUCAUGGCGUGAAUACUUACAAAGCAUGGCGAAGGAUGGUACCUGGGGUGACCAUAUGGUUCUGCUUGCUGCAGCAAACUACUUUCAAACUCCCAUCCGUAUUAUCAGCAGCCUUAAUAGUGAAAUAGUUGUCCCUCCAGAACACUCAGUUGCUGACCCAACCCCCCUUGUGUUGGGACACAUUCACGAGUUACACUAUGUCAGCCUUCAGCCCAGACAAGGUAGAACAUUC